GGGACUCGAUCAGAUCCACAAAGUUGUUGCGAAACGUCCGACCUGCAGCCCGGGACCAGUUCAUAAAUACUCAUAAAAAGAGGAAGACUUCUGUUCUGCCAGGCUGUACAGGACACUGUGAUCAUGGCAGAUGAAGCAGUGAUGGUGGAGGAGGACAUCGGCGGCCCGGCUCAGAGCCCGCUGGUCACAGUCACCUUCCAGAGGAACGUCCACAGGAAAGAGAAGUACCUGGAGGCUGAACCCAAAGCUCUGGGGGUCACUCAGAUUGGUCUCAGUGUGUUUCAGAUCAUCUGUGUGAGUGUGUUUCUGACCAGCGGCCUGAGUCACUUGCAGACUGACAUACCCUUCCUCAUUUCAUCUGUACUGGUGGUUAUAGCUGGCAGUUUGGCUGUAGCAGCACAGAACCUCCAUCUGCCCACGCUCAGAGCCUGUCUGGGGAUGCAGAUCGUGGCCUGUGGUGCCUCCCUCUUCAACAUGAUCUGCACUCUGGUUAAAAUGGAAGAAAUGCCCUCGUUCUGCUGGCAUUAUUACUACGACAACCUCAGUCUUCAUUAUGGCGAACUCUGCCAUAAAAUUGAGAAUACCCAUUCCCACUUCUACGCUGAGGGUGUGGUCAUCCAGGCAGCUCUUUUGGCCAUUUCAGCCACUCUGGCAGCCUACUGCUGCAAGGUGGUCAACUGCUGCGCACCAGCCCCCAAAAUGCCGGUGAUCACUGUACAAGCCCCCCCUGUCCAGCAGUGAGGAGACAGCACAGAGGAGUCACAUGUAAAUGCUACAAACUUAAAGCUGCACCAAUCAAUAAUUUUAAUGGAUGAAAUGAAUAUGUGUAAUUAGUAAAUUUUGUUACUUGUAGUAUGAACACACACAGAAUUAUCACCAACUCUGCAAUUAACCUCAGAUCUUUAGCCUCUUUUAAAUGAGCUAUUUGUAAGCUAAAUAGCUAACAUUAGCAUUAGCAGCUGUUUACUUACCAGUCUAGGAGUUAC